AUGAUAGCUGCUGACUUGGUUCUGGGGACUGGGCGCGUCUGCAAAAGCAGCGUGAAUUUUAUAGUUCCUAGACCGGGUGAGUUUGAGUGGACCGUUUUCGCCAUGUGCGACUCCUACGCAGGUCUCGAUGUGACGCUGGACGUCCACUUCAAAGCAGCCAAGAAAUCCGAGGUGGACCGGUGA